AUGAGUUCGAGUCCAAAUUAUGUCACAAUUUUAAAUUUGAGCCGUCGUGAUGAUGCAAUGGAACGAGACAAGAUAUCAUUCUUGAGAAAUGACUUGUUUUUUGAUUAUAGUUUUCUUUUAGAACUCGAUUUAUCAAAUAAUAAUCUUCAUUUUCUUCCGUUAUCAAUUUCACAAUGCUUUUUAUUAGAAAGAAUCAAUAUAUCACACAAUCCUAUUAUGAUUCCGCCAAUAGUUUUAUUCUCACUCCCUGAAAUUAGAAAACAUCCAGAAAAUCUUCGUUUUGGAAAUAAUCAGAAAUGCACGCAAAAGAUGGUAAAGCAGAUACUUUCAGAAAGCUCACAACUUAAUCAAAUCGUACUUAAUCUAACUGAACCAGAUGGAAAAAUCACUUGUAUUUCUAUUUCUCCUGAGAUCACAUUACAUGAACUUUUUAUCUUGACACAUCCAGAACUAUCAACGAUUAAAGACUAUAUCUUUAUUGUUCGCACAGUUUCAGAAAAAUACAAAUUAUACUUAAUACCCGAUUUAACUCCUAUUGCUCCAUAUUUUUAUCCUGAUGCUAAAUGGUCUUUUGAGUUGAAAUACAUCCCACCUACAAUUACACCUCAAAUUUUGCCUUUAGUAAAAUCAUACAUUAUACAGCAGCAAGAAAUGCAUAAAGAAGAUAUGUUUCUUGCCCAAGCUCUUAGGUUAUUACCAAAUGACAAUACACCGCAAGAAGAACUGCAGCAAUUAUCUAAAAAACUGUUUGAAUCUGAAUUAUUAUCUUCAAGACAUUUUAAUGUUUAUUUAGAUAAUGGAAAGAAGUUAGAUGUUGGAGUAACUAACGACUGUGUAUCAGUUAAGAGCGCAAAUUCAAAUAAUUACACUUUAUUUAAACAAACUUCGAUUUCAUUUGAUUGCGUUAACUCAAUCUUCCUCUUGGUUUGUGGUGAUUUAGCUCUCAAGUUAAAUAAGGAAUCUGCGGCUUCUCUUUUGCCUUUAUUUGCAAUUUCAAUAGAAAAAUCACAACCGAGAUCAAAGAAAGAAGAUCCUAUCUCGGAGCUUAUUGCUGCAGCAGAUGAUGCUACAGAAUCAAUCACUAGAGAGACAAAAAUGAUGAAUGUCAGAGAAGAUCAAAUUGAUAAAUUACUUCAGCGUCUAAAAGAGUUCACAUCCUCAAAGAUCAUGUUUACCGCUAAUGAUCAAGUCUAA